AACCGCAGACAUGUUGGCCGCCCAAGGCGCCGCCCAAGUGGCAGCCUGUUGCAGCAGCUCCCGUUAAGUUUGUGUUUUUUUAUUUAUUUUAUAGUGUUCCGGCACUUUGUGUCUUUUUCUUUCUAAGUGUAUGCGUGUAAAUUUGGAAACUGCACAAUGGACAUAAACAAAGCCACCGAGUUUGCUCUACUUUUACUGCUUUUUUGGACUUUGUUUACAGUCGCGUCUGGAAACUCUGUUCACAGCCACGCUCCUAUUGUUUCAGCAGAACAAUGUCAGAGGUGUGUGGAAGGGGCUCAAGACAAUCACUGGUCAUAAGGAACCCAGCUCUCAGGCUGAGGGUGACCAGCAGUGGGUAUGACGAUUUACGAGGUACAUCAUCAGAGCAUUUUGAGAAGACAACUGAGGAACUUGUACACAUUAGAACAACAUCUACACACAGUCCUUACCCUGUACAGGGGCACUCAGGGGAAACAGACGUGUUUACUCCCGAAUUGGGUAAAGACCACCAUGAGGACUGGAACAGUGGAUACAGGUUUCAUUGUUCUGGUGCUGGACAGUUUCAGUGUAAAUACACCAACCUUGUGUUUGAGAUGAAGGAGAAAGCUGAAGUGUUGUACAGUAUAGUGUCCUGGGGCAGUGUUCAGUUAGACGGCAUUGGACAGAUGCAGCCUGCAGGACCCCUGUACAAUAUCGACUGCUCCGAGGGGUCAAUGUGUAAACUGCACCUCCCUCACUGUGAGAUAAAUUCUGAUAAAAAUCAGACUGAACUGGCUGUGGCACAUUUCUCUGAUGGGAAUGUGGAGAUCAUUCAACCUCUGAAAGUGACAGAGACACAUGUGAUCAUAGACAUAAAUAAUCUCUCUCUCUACGGACUCCUAAUGAAAAUAUUAUUCGAGAACAAACCGAUCAAGGCGCAGGUCCUUCUCUUCUACAAAGAAAUCCCUGGAAGGACAAAGAAGAGAAAGCUGCACAUGCACUUAUUGCCCCAUAAUGUUCCAGUUAUAGAGGUGCAGAAUCAAUUUCAGCACAACAUGUACAUUGAGAGCAGUUCCACUUGUCAGCUGGUCCCUAGAAAACCAUACAGGCCACGCUGUGAGCAUUAUAAAUGUCAGCCGCAGACUGAGAUAUUUGAGCUUGACUCUGCCCCCAACUAUCACCCCACAUUCGAGGUGAUACUUUCUGAUGAAGCUGAAGAACUCACACUGGGACUUUUGGAUGAACAUGAUGAGGAGGUGUGGGCGUCUCGCCAGGUCUUUCUUACAGGUUACACGAGCCAAGAAGCCAAUUCACUCCAAAUGGAGAAAACAGCUGCUGACUUUGUGGAUAAAUACAGAGACAUUCUGAUACAGAAAGUUACUUCAGUAAUGGAGAUUGCAGAUGGUCUCCUAUCCAAGCAAAUGAUUAAUGGUGAAAAUUACAGUACAAUCAGUGCAGCAGCUACAUCACAGGAGAAAAUGAGAAUCUUGUACACCAAAUGCCUCACCUACAGAGCUGUCAAAGCAGAAUUUUAUAAAAUUCUAAAGGAGAAACAUCCUCACUUAGUGGAUGAGCUGGAGAAAGGGUCAAGCAAUGCUUAAAGGAACCUCAAAGAGAAAGUGGUAGCUCAGAUGUUUAGGUUCUAGCUCACCCAGUAUCACCAUGAGUUAUUCUAGACUUCCUGUCAGCUCCUGUUUCUCCCCACAGAACCGUCGCUCACUCAGUGUUUUUGUUUUAAUGCACCACUCUGUGUAUCUCUACAGUCUCCAGCAGGAGAUCAGCAGUUUCUGAAAAACUUAAACUAACCCAUCUGGUACUAAAGACCAUGUUACAGAGAUCAGACUUUUCUUCAUUCUGAUGUUUGAUGUAAAAAUGAUCUGAAGAUCUGGACCAGUUUCUGCAGGAGUUUAUACACUGCAGUGCUGAACUGCAUACAUGUGUAGGUGUACAGGUGUCCCUAAUAAAAUGACCAGUGUUUACCAUAACUGAUGUACAUAAAUAUAAAUGGACAAAUAUUUUAAUAUUAAAAUUAAGCAUCCAAACAUUUAUAAAAUAUUGUCUUGCUUUUGUAUUUUUUUUUAUUAUGUUUUUACUACUUUUUUAUAAUUUGUUGUAAUUUUUGAAAGCAUUGCUAUCAUAUAAAAAAUAUUGGUACUUCAAUAAAAUCGUUUUUAUCACAAAUAAAUCCUUUAGUGACCUUCAUCACUCCUCUGUCCUCUUCAGGAGAUGCUAACACAGCUAGCUGCUACAAGCUAACUCUACCGCAUUUCUGACAGGAUUUUUAAAACCAUACAUUUUA